AUGGCCAGAAAUGACAUUGAAGUGUGGCCCUAUUAUCGACCGGAUCUCGUUUUUAUCUAUCGAAUUAUCGAAUCUUCAACAUUUUCCCUCGUAUUUCUCGUAGUGAUUUUCUAUAUUCGAUUAUUGUUAAAAAAAGAGUUUUGUCAUCCGAAUCUCCGUUUCCUCCUCAUCACACAACCGAUUUGUCAUAUUUGCGCGCUAGCACUCCGACCAAUCCGACACACAAUCGACUAUUUCGGAUUGAUGAACCCAAUCCUUUUGAAAACGAUCAACUAUUUCUCGGACUCUUUGCUCACCAUCUGCUUUCAAAUCGUUCUCGCCUAUUCGGUGGAGCGAAUCAUUGCCAUAAAAUACGUAGAAAAUUACGAGAAUCGAUGGACAAAAAGGCCAACAUUGGGCAUUUUGCUGUUGAUAGGAUCAAUAUCAAGUGAACAGGGAUUGAUAAUGCUUUGGUAUUUUGGAUUGAACAAUACAUUGGCGUAUUCUCUGCAAUAUCUCUUCUUCAUCACAGCGGCUAUUUUGAUGAUCCAAAUGGUACUAACAGUUGUCGGACAAGACUGUCUCAAAGAAGAGUUAUAUCUGAUGAUUGGUCGACGACAUCGCGUUGAUGCACAGGGGAUCACAACAAUUCUUGGGAAACCCAUGGUGUUCACCGCCGAACAAGCAAAUCAAGUCUAUUUCGAGCAGAUUCAACAAAGCUGGGAUAUCGUCCUGAACAAUAAUCAAACGACCGGAAAAGCCAAAUAUAAGGAGCCAACA